AUGAGCGAGGGAGAGAGCUCCAAGCGCCCUAGCCUGAGGUCGGAGACCACAUAUGCCCCAGAAAGCAGGCGACCCCGAGCUCAGACCUUGUCCAAUAUCUUGGAACCACCCAAGCAUGACCACGAUCGAGUGCUCGUAGAGAGCCCUUCCAAGCACGCCAUCCGGACCGAUUCAGAAUACAAAGGCUCCCUGGCCAGGCAGCGGUCUACGUCUAUGCCCCCGGUGGAGGUAUAUAGAGACACGCGCGCUCAUUCAGUUCAAGCAAAUGGCAGUUGGGACUCUCUUUCUUCUUCUUCUUCUUCUGAUGAUGAUGAUGAGAACUUUGACAUAACAUGCAAUCCAUGCCGUGCUAAGGACGUUGGAGUUCGACUGGAGUUCAACGUCUAUCAAGACCUGGACGACGAGUUGGAAGAGUUCAGUCGGUUUAUACGCCGAGGCGAGUUUGGAACUGCCAAAAUCUUCUUCCGUGAGCAUCUUCUUGCUCACAUCACCAACCCUUGGGUCUUUGUCCAGUACGCCGAGAUGCUCUUCCAGAUGGGCGAUUACAAGUCACUGCUUCAGCUCGACUCCGAACCUGUGUUCCGCCGCAUUCGACUCAGAGACAGACACGAAGAUGUUGAAGCCAUGAGAAGACUCGAGAUCAAUUGGAGACUAAUCAAGGCAGUUUGUCUAUCUUGCACUCAGCAUGAGCUCCAACCUGUCCUGGAUGAGAUUUGCCAGCCUCACCAGAUCAUACCAGUGCGAGGAGACGUCGGAUCAACAGAGAUACGCAUCAUUUGCCUGGCUAUGGCCCUGAUGGACUACGCGAAUAGACGAAAUGUUGGUAUGAGAGCGCUCCCAAGCAAUUUGGCAGACUGGGGAAACUGGAAACAGUUGUACGAACUUCUCCAGGCCCAAGGCCGAAUAUGGGACUUUCGAGAUCUUUUCACUACAGCCUGUUUGUGCUUCAGUAUCAAGAGCGCCGAAGAGCAACUCCUUGGGUCGAGGACUAUUCUUGAAGCCAUAGCCGAGGACUGGAGCAUGCCCAUGAAUGAUGACGAGUCCACUCUACUAGCCCUGGUAGAUCUCCUAACAACCAUGGCUCUCAAUCGCAUUAAUCAUGUCGAAGAUCACCGGCUCAGUAAAGAAUACCUUGCUCAUGCCAGCAUUGUCGUGGAAGCUGUCACGACGGUGUAUCCCCACCUCACCAAGAGUCGGCCUUUCCUUCAAUUCAUCGUCACCCAAUCAUCUAUAUCCCUGGGAAAGGGUACGGGAAACCGUUUGGCGUACAACUAUCUUACCGACUUUCCCGGCUUAACCGCUUUCUCAUUGGACCUCGAACUGCCCUUUUAUGUACCAGUUCGCCGGGAAAACCCAGGAUGGGAUCCUCCGGAUCUUCCAGAGAACACAUUCGGGCCUCUUGAAAUGGCAUUGGAAGCUUCCAGGAGCAUGGAUGACUAUAAAAUGGAGGGACUAUGCCUCAGGGCACUCGCCUUGCGGAGUCGUGAGCCAUCCAGAUUCUUUGAAGAGUUGGCCCGAGUUCAAAAGAACACGCAGCAAGACAUGCGGGGCUAUUUAAUGACGUGUCUCUCCAAGUAUCUGGUUGUAAAGGACAGAGACUCCAGAGAAGAUCUUCUGACAGACUUGAAUGGUUUUGGGUGGUGGCAGGAGACAUCAAAUCUCCUCAACCCUGACAAAGCCUGCGCGCGAGAUAUCAUCCAGCACGCUCUGUCCCCCCCACACCAAACCCAUUUCUCAAAGAGUAUUGAGGCGGGCUUUCGGCACUACCAAUGGCUUCCAGACACUUUCCAAGGGUUCAUUGAUCAACAUAUGGAGACACCGCGACGCAAGUCCUCGACCGCCAUGCGACACAGGAUCAAACAGCACCUACCUAGACCCUCGACAGCUAUCCUAGCACCGCCCCGACCACCCGCCGAUGAACGGCAUUCCGCUCCUAGUGACCACUCUGAUGACAGUCAAGAUGACUCUGAGGAAAAUCCUGACACAGCUCUUAUGAGACCUUCCCGAGAACGAAUGCGGGCGAUUUCGGAGGAACAGGAAGACACUACAGAGGAUCGCAAAAUAUCGGUAGAAAUUAGAUCUCCACCGUUUCUAAUCGCGUCCGGGAUGCCGCCUACUACAAUCACCUCCAAGCCCACUGUAGAGGAUGAAGCUAGAGAUGAGCAAAACGACAUGUACUAG